UUUCUUUUUCUUUUUUCUUUCUUUCUUUCAGAACAAUUAUCUUUUAAUUUUUGCUGUUUCUAGAUAAUUAUGUCUAUACCUACAAUGACACACGUAACACCGUUUGUUACGUAUGGGAAACCUACAAAAGUGAAACUGGUGUUAUUAGGUGAAUCUGCGGUUGGUAAAUCCAGCCUAGUAUUAAGAUUUGUUCAUAAGCAUUAUACUGAGAAUCGCAACGCAACGAUAGGAGCGGCAUUUUUAAGCCAAAAAUGUCAACUGGAAGAUCGAGUGAUUAAAUUCGAGAUAUGGGACACAGCAGGUCAAGAGAGAUUCCAUUCAUUAGCUCCCAUGUAUUAUCGUAACGCUCAAUCAGCAAUUGUUGUUUAUGAUUUAACACAAUAUGCUUCCUAUGACAGAGCGAAACAAUGGGUGCAAGAAUUGCAUAAACAAGCAGGUCAAAAUAUCGUGAUUGCACUAGUAGGUAAUAAAUUGGAUUUGGCAGAGAGUAGACAGGUAUCCACUGAAGAAGCUACAAACUAUGCUGCUUCGCAUAAUUUAUUAUUCCAUGAAACAAGUGCCAAAGAUGCCAUUCAUGUAGAUGACUUAUUUAAAUCCAUUGGCCGUCGUAUACCAUUAUCGCCAGUUCAUGUUAUAGAGGAAGUGCCCAAAAUUGCUCCUAUUGAUCUAAACCAAGCCAUUGACAAAAAGAGCAAGGCCUGUGCUUGUUGAGAUACGUCACACAAACACACACAUAGUUUUUUCCAUAUCUUUUUAUUCCCCAUUCAUUCUUUUUUUUUUUUCUUUUCACU